AUGAACCGGAACCAGUUUGAGUCGCUUCUAUGUCUUCUCCAUGAAGGCCUACCCAAUAAAAGCAAGAUGUAUGAAACUCAUGGCUACAAGAUAACCAAGGGAAGAGGCUAUUACAUCUUCAAAUUUGAGGAUUAUAAAUGCACCGUGGAAUUUGUACGAUCACAUUUUCUUGUUAAGGAAGGGAUUCGCCUAGGUGCACGAGGGAACUCAAAUCCAACUCUAUCGAUAGACCAAAUUGACAAGUCAGCUGCCCGUUGGAAACGAGCUGACAUUCUUGUCUUCAACACUGGGCAUUGGUGGACUCAUGGAAAGACUGCUAGGGGGAAAAAUUACUAUAAAGAGGGUGAUUAUAUUUAUCCCAAGUUUGAUUCAGUGGAAGCUUAUAGUAGAGCCCUGAAGACCUGGGCAAAUUGGAUUGAUAAAAACAUUAAGGCUGACAAGUUGGUUUUUUAUCGUGGUUACUCAUCUGCCCAUUUCAGAGGUGGAGACUGGGAUUCAGGAGGAACGUGUAAUGGGGAGACUGAACCUAUUUUAAGUGGAGCCUUCCUCAAUAAUUAUCCUGUGAAGAUGAAAAUAGCGGAGGAGGUGAUCCAGGAAAUGCAGUUUCCAGUGGUGCUACUCAAUGUAACGAGGUUGACGAAUUUUCGAAAGGAUGGCCACCCAUCAAUAUACGGAAAGAAUGUUACCGCUGGGAGAAGGGUAUCCACCAGGCGGCAAGAUUGCAGCCAUUGGUGUCUUCCUGGGGUCCCUGAUGCAUGGAAUGAGUUGAUUUAUGCCACUUUGGUCAGGCAACAUGCUUCGACCACUCAUCUGUAA